UGCUAUGGCCGCUGCCGCCGACCCCACCAACCUGGCUGGCUGCCUCAACUCUCCUUCCCUCGUCUCACCCCAAGAUUUCCGACGCGAGAAAUUUCUCCACGCUGCUUCUACCUUGACCCCUCUCUCUCUCUCCCCCAUCCCUACGAAUAAAUUUCAGCGCUUAUACUUAAUUCUUUUAAUUCAUAUUCCUGUUGCUUUCGCUGUGCGCGUAGUUGUUUUGGUGGGGAGUCGGGUUUGGUAUCAGUUCGUUGUGCUCUCCCUUUCAUCUCCUUCCUUCUUUCUUUCUUUCUCUUCGAUUCUUUCUUUUGGGCGGGUUGGUAGUUGACUCGAAUUGAAGCAAUCUUUUCUUGGUGGUCUUAUCAUCUAAUCCGGGCGUAAUGUUGAAGAAAUCGCCCUUGUCUUCGAUCUUAAUGUUUGGAGCUGAAUUCUGAGGGUGGGCCGUGUUUGGCGGCAAUGGAUGGGUGGAGGGGCGGGAAGGGGUUUGUAAAGAGUGCGAUCUUGGUGCUGCUUCUUGGGUUUCUUGGGGCUUCGACGGCUCUGAGGCCUCUCAGGGAGAGAGCUUCUGCUGCUUCUGGAUCUUGGGGCAAUCAGAGGCUUUUCCUAAGAAGAGAUGAUAGUGAUAUAAGUUCUUAUUGGAACAUUACAGGAACAUAUAGAGGAAGGUGGAGCUUUGUAGAGACCACGAAUGGCUCUUCUAGGUUUCUAGAAUUUGGAAAAUCUAAUGGUGAAUCUGUCUUGGAGUUAGUGAGUACCCCAACAAAGAUAAGUGGUGUACACUAUGUUCAGGGAGCAAUUACUUUUCAUGAUGUAUUUGACAAUGAACAUGAAAAUGGAGUUGCUCAGAUGAGAGUAGAAGGUGUGUAUAUAUGGCCUUUCAGGCAACUUCGAAUGGUAGCCAACAGUGGAACAGAUGGCCAGCCACUUCAAGAAGAGGAUUACUUCUUGUCCAAUCCUUAUCAUUUGCUUGGAGUAUUCUCCUCUCAAGUGUUUCAAGAAUCCACUCGAGAUAAAAUUCGGAGGAAAAAAUCAUUCACUUAUGACAUGGAGAAACAUUGUAACAUAGAGAUUGCUGCUCAGGUUUCGCAUGUCUCAUCUAGCCAAAAUGUAGCAGAUGGAGAUCAUGACCGCUAUCAUCUGGAUGGGUUAAUGGAGAGUCCGGCUGUGGAUGAUGAUGGAGAAUGCUUCUCACCCAUACUACUGAAUGCCACAUCACUGAACAUUGAGGUCUACUACAACAAGGCUGUUAAUUAUACACUCAUGGUUACAUUUAUCUCUUUUCUCCAAGUUCUGCUGCUGAUAAGACAGAUGGAGCAUAGCAAUACCCAAUCUGGCGCUGCUAAAGUGUCUAUUCUAAUGAUUGGGCAACAAGCUAUUAUGGAUGCAUAUUUGUGUCUUUUACAUUUGACAGCUGGGAUAUUAGUUGAGUCCCUAUUUAAUGCUUUUGCAACGGCCGCCUUCUUCAAAUUUGUUGUCUUUUCCAUUUUUGAGAUGAGAUAUCUUCUUGCUAUAUGGAAGGCUAAUAGACCUAUGAAUAAUGGUGAAGGUUGGGAAACAAUGAGGCGUGAACUGUCUGUGCUCUAUAGCCGUUUCUAUGGCAUUCUUUUAGGAGGCAUUCUCGUCAUGUAUGAGUUGCACAAUUUCUUGCGUCCUAUUCUUUUCAUUUUGUAUUCCUUUUGGAUACCCCAGAUAACUAUUAAUGUCAUUCGUGAUACAAGAAAACCCCUGCACCCUCAUUAUAUAUUAGGCAUGACUCUCACUCGGCUUGCAAUUCCAUUAUACAUAUUUGGCUGCCCAAGCAAUUUCAUGCGUAUUGAGGUUGACACAAAUUGGUGCAUAUCGUUGGGAGUAUUCUUGGGCUUGCAAGCAUCAAUUCUCCUCCUUCAGCAUUACUUUGGUUCUCGGUGGUUUAUUCCUCGUCAGAUUCUGCCGGAGAAAUAUAGCUACUACAGGAGGCUUGAGAGUGAUACAACUCAAACUACUGAUUGUGUCAUUUGCAUGACUGCUGUCGAUCUUACACAGCGGUCAAAUGACUACAUGGUGACACCUUGUGAUCAUUUCUUCCAUUCGGGUUGCUUACAAAGAUGGAUGGAUAUAAAGAUGGAAUGCCCAACUUGCAGGCGUUCUCUACCCCCAGCAUAGGAUGGACCCUGCCUUGUAUUUAUAGAUGCAAUCAAACACAUUACCGACUCCAGAACAAAUCGCAUGGAUGGAGAACCAUCUCAUACAGAGGAAAAGAAAAGUAGAUAGCUGCAGAGGCAGACAAGAUGCAUAGUCCGUGUAAUAUAUGCAACCCUGUAUCUUUUUCGGCUGGUCUUUGCUGGCGCAGUCUCAUCCCUGGUGCGCUGCUGUACAUUUGUGUUCCCAUGUAUUGUUUAGAAUGUUAAUCCAAAAACAAUUUGAAAAGCAGAAGAUCAAGAGCCAUGUUCAGUACGCGUUAAGAAUGUUCUUGAUGUAGUGGCAUCAAAAAAGGGGUAGGUGCUAUUUGAACUUGAUAUUCUAAAGCUCUAAGUGGUUAGAUGAUUUUGAUGGGGUAUGGGGAACUUGCAGCAAUUUCUCAUGGAGAUCUUGCUAUUUCUUGUAUGAGACAAUUUGCUUUGUUUCUUUAUGUGCUCUGUUUGCGGAACUAAGACCAUAUUCAGUUCAUUUAUAAAAAAAAACAUUUAA